AUGACGAGGUGGGAAAAGGAGGGGCGCACUAGGUGCGCCGGAAGUGACAUCACACCGAUACUAGGAGAUAAUAGAGAAGCAAUAGGGAGACGCAGCUUCGCAUCCUUUAUUUUCCGGUUUGUCCCGGACGAGUGAUUCAUUUCGCAUCCACCAUCACAGUCGCACACCGCUCACCCAGGGACCUCACCAUGAGCCUUAAUACGGCGAACAUUAACUUGAAAUGGAACCCAAAGAGCUUGGAGAUCCGGACUUUGGCCGUGGAGCGCCUGUUGGAGCCGCUGGUCAGUCAGGUGACCACUCUGGUGAAUAGCAGUAACAAAGGGCCGUCCGGUAAGAAGAAGGGCCGCUCGAAGAAGGCGCGGGUGCUGGCCGCCUCGGUGGAGCAGGCCACACAGAACUUUCUGGAGAAGGGGGACAAGAUCGCCAAGGAGAGUGAGUUCCUGCGGGACGAGCUGGCCGCCGCCGUGGAAGAGGUACGCAGCCAGGGAGAGCAGAUGAGAGCGGCCUCCGGGGACUUUGCCGAUGACCCCUGCUCCUCGGUGAAGAGGGGGAAUGUUGUCCGGGCAGCCCGCAGCCUCCUCUCCGCCGUCACCAGGCUGCUGAUCCUGGCUGACAUGGCCGAUGUGUUCAAACUGCUGGUGCAGCUGAAGGUGGUGGAGGACGGAGUACUGAGACUGAGGAAUGCCGGUACCGAGCAGGAUCUGGGCAUCCAGUACAAAGCACUGAACGCUGAGCUGGUGAAGUUACUGGCGAUGAGUGCUAAAAGACAACAAGAGCUGAAGGACGUCGGCCACCGGGAUCAGAUGGCUGCAGCCAGAGGAAUCCUUCUGAAGAAUAUCCCCAUCCUAUACUCCGCCUCCCAGGCCUGUCUGCAGCAUCCCGAUGUAGCGGCCUACAGGGCCAACAGAGAUUUGGUGUACAAACAGCUGCAGCAAGCCAUCACCGCCAUCAACAAUGCAGCCCAGGCCACUCCAUCUGAAGAAGCAACACCACAGGGAGGGGAGCUUGCUGUGGCCCUAAAUAACUUUGAUAAACAGAUCAUCAUGGAUCCCAUAUGUUUCACAGAAGAAAAAUUCAGGCCUUCUUUGGAGGAGAGACUAGAGAGUAUUAUUAGUGGGGCGGCCUUGAUGGCGGAUUCCACCUGCACCCGAGAUGACCGCCGGGAGCGCAUUGUGGCCGAAUGUAAUCUGGUAAGACAAGCCUUGCAGGAUCUUCUCUCGGAAUACAUGGCCAAUUCUGGGCGUAAGGAAAGGAGUGAUGUUCUUAAUGCUGCCAUAGAUAAAAUGGUCAGAAAGACCAGAGACCUGCGCAAGCAGUUGUGUAAAGCCGUCAUGGACCACGUCUCUGACUCUUUCUUGGAGACCAAUGUGCCACUCCUGGUUCUGAUUGAGGCUGCCAAGAACGGUAAUGAAAAGGAAGUCAAAGAGUAUGCCCAAGUUUUUCGUGAACACGCAACUAAAUUGAUUGAAGUGGCAAACUUGGCGUGCUCUAUCUCCAACAAUGAGGAUGGGGUUAAAAUUGUCCGCGUAUCUGCAAACCAGCUGGAGGCGCUAUGUCCUCAGGUCAUAAAUGCAGCUUUGGCCUUAGCAGCCAAGCCUCACAGUAAAGUGGCUUUGGACAAUAUGGAUGUAUUCAAGGAACAGUGGGAAAAGCAAGUUUGUAUCCUUACUGAUGCAGUUGAUGAUAUUACUUCCAUUGAUGACUUUUUGUCUGUCUCAGAAAAUCACAUCUUAGAAGAUGUCAAUAAAUGUGUUAUAGCUCUGCAAGAAAGAGAUAUUGACGGUCUGGAUCGCACCGCAGGAGUUAUACGUGGCCGUGCCGCCAGAGUUAUGCAUGUUGUCAUUUCAGAAAUGGAAAACUACGAGGCAGGUAUUUACACAGAAAAAGUUAUGGAAGCUUCUAAACUGUUGUCAGACACUGUUAUGCCACGCUUUGCAGAGCAAGUGGAAACUGUAGUUAAUGCGCUCAUUCGAGAUCCUAAUCACCCUAUAGAUGAAAAUGAAUUUAUUGAUGCCUCCAGACUUGUGUAUGAUGGUAUUCGUGAUAUCAGAAAAGCGGUUUUAAUGAUCAGAACUCCAGAAGAGCUGGAUGAUUCUGAUUUUGAGGCAGAUGACAUUGAUGUCAGAAGCCAUACCAGCAUUCAGACUGAAGAUGACCAACUCAUCGCAGGGCAGAGUGCUAGAGCAAUUAUGGCCCAGCUUCCACAGGAACAAAAGGCAAAGAUUGCAGAACAAGUUGCAAGUUUCCAAGAAGAAAAAAGUAAGCUGGAUGCUGAAGUAUCCAAAUGGGAUGACAGUGGCAAUGACAUCAUUGUUUUGGCCAAACAGAUGUGUAUGAUCAUGAUGGAGAUGACUGAUUUUACUAGAGGAAAGGGUCAUCUUAAAAAUGCUUCAGAUGUCAUAGGUGCUGCAAAGAAAAUUGCAGAAGCUGGAUCACGAAUGGACAAAUUGGGCCGUGCGAUUGCUGACCACUGCCCUGACUCUAGCUGCAAACAAGAUCUUUUGGCAUACCUGCAGCGCAUUGCCUUAUACUGCCACCAGUUAAACAUCUGCAGCAAAGUUAAAGCAGAAGUUCAGAAUCUUGGUGGUGAGUUAGUCGUCUCUGGAGCUGACAGUGCCAUGUCACUGAUACAAGCUGCUAAGAACUUGAUGAAUGCCGUGGUUCAAACUGUUAAAGCAUCUUAUGUGGCGUCUACAAAAUAUCAAAAGUCCCAAGGAAUGGCAUCAUUAAACUUGCCUGCAGUUUCCUGGAAAAUGAAGGCCCCGGAGAAAAAGCCACUCGUCAAGAGAGAAAAGCAAGAUGAGACCCAAACUAAAAUUAAGCGAGCGUCUCAGAAGAAACAUGUCAACCCUGUGCAGGCUCUUAGUGAAUUUAAAGCCAUGGAGAGCAUUUGAAAGACAAUGAGCACAGUUUAUUUUACUGCUCUUGCAUAUAUUCUAAAUAAUAAUGCUUUUUUUUUUUUUUUUUUUUUUUUUACCAAUUCAUACGGCUCUCACAAAUAUUAUAAACACUAAUAUGUUCCUCUGCCAGCAUGUUACAUGAACCCUGUGAGGAUAGAAAUAUGGAUUUUGCCAUUCCUGGCUUGUUUUUAAAACCUGUUCUAGUUCAGGCAUCCUGAUUUUUGUUUUUUAUGGUAAAGUAUGUUACAGAGCUGAACAAGCAUGUAGCUAAUUAAGUCUAAACUCCUGUUCUGCAUAUUUAUUUCAGGUUGGUAACUCACUAGUUCAUAAAGCCACAGUUGGGGGUGAUAAUUGGCAGUCCCACCUUCCACAUUUCCACCCUUACAGGUUCCAUCUAAUUUGGCCUGCACCCUAGUUAUGCCACAUGUUCGUUUUUUUUUUUUUACUAUCAUUAAUAAAUAUAUAUCUGAUGUUGCUAGAGAGAUCUGAGUACUUUAGAGCUAAGGUAGCUUGGCAUUCAACUCUAAAGCAUACCUGUAGUUGCAAAAGUGUCAGUGCCUUAACAUAGCAGGCUCUUCUGGUACCUUGAUACAGCCCUGAAAUCUGGGGGGGGGGGUUCCUUAUUGGCAAGUUUUGAGUUGCAGGGGUAAGGCUUUUUUUUUUUUUUUUUUUUAUAAACUGGUUGUAAUUUUCAUAUCAGAGUGCUUUGUGUUGUGAGGCUAGCAAUUAGGCUAAUGUUACAUGGCAACCUUUAUGCAACCACAGAUAUGCUUUUUGGGGCAGAUUCCAGCUAAAAAUCUUUCUUUCCUCUAAAAUUUCCAUUCUGACUAACCCAGACGUGGAUGUUCCCUUUUUAAAACUGCAUGAACUGUUUUACUUAUAUACCAGAGAAAACAAAUGUAUUUAACUUGAAUCCGUUAAACCUAGAGUAAUCAAAUCUUCAAUGCUUAAAGCUAAAUGCAGUUAGGUACUGCACAUAACAAGCAUAGAUCUUCAAAUAUUAUCUUGUAUGCUUAGCAGAGCCAUGUAUCUUACUUAGGCUUGGUAAUGUUAUUUUUAUUGUUUCCUCUUGGUUCUGCACAGCAUGAUAUUUUCAUAAAACGCAUACCUGUUCUCACAUCUAUAGCAGCAAUUACUUUCUGCCAAAUUAAUUUUCAACUCGCAAGCAUUUGGUUAUAAUCACUUUAUCGAGAGAUGCUAUAGUGAUGUCACCAAAUUACUGUGAAGUGAUAGAUAAAAUUAAUCUGUGUACUAUAUUGAUAAGAUUUUAAUUAUGUAGAUUACAAUUAUUUUUUAAUUAACGCUGCAUUUGUGAUAAUGAUGCUGUAAAGCAGGACAGUGAGAAACUUAAAGUAGAACUCCCGCCUCAACAUAACUACUCUUAAAAAUGUCCCCUCCACCUUUCUAACACCUAUGCUGACCUGUGUAAA